CUAAUCCUAUUGGUUUUCCUUUAAAUAACUACAAACACGUUUCUUCUUUUUUAAACUUUGAACUAGCGCCUCCUCCUCCUCCUCCUGCUCCUGCUCCUCCACGGUACAGAUAUAGAAAAGUCUGGCAGAGAGAAGCACUUUUGAGUAGUGAGCGCGUGCCGAGGUUUGAACCAGGCUGCUGCACUCGUCGUUUUGCCCGCAGCGAAAAAAUCUUCCGCUCAACUCUUAAGCUCAGCGCCGACCCGGCUCGGCUAAACGGCGAGCCCCUGAGACCCACAACAAAAGUUCCCACAAAAAAUACCGUGUGAAACACGUCUGUCAGCCACCGAGUUAGCCCGACGCGUUUCGGUCGUUAGAUUCAUCUAGAGGGAAUGGCAUUGGACUUCGCUGCGGGCUGUAUAGGAGGUGCAGCUGGUGUUUUGGUUGGACAUCCGUUUGACACCGUGAAGUGUCAUUUCUCCCUGAGCUCGUGUCUUGGGGAGGCUGUCUUAACAGCAACAGUGUGGCUUUGUUGUAGAUGAGAGAGAGAAAUAAACAACCUCUCGAUGGAAGUAUGACCCAGUGAGGCUUCAAGUUCAAAAUGUGGACAAACCUCUGUACCGUGGGACUUAUCACUGCUUCCAGUCGAUCGCACGGCAAGAGUCGAUGCUCGGCCUGUACAAAGGCAUCGGCUCUCCGAUGAUGGGCCUGACCUUCAUCAACGCCAUAGUUUUUGGCGUCCAGGGCAACGCCAUGCGCAAGCUUGGCCGCGACACACCUCUCAACCAGUUCCUGGCCGGCGCCGCAGCAGGGACCAUCCAAUGUGUCAUCUGCUGCCCAAUGGAACUGGCGAAGACGCGCAUGCAGCUGCAAGGGACCGGAGAGAAGAAGUCAAAGAGGAAGCUGUACAAAAACUCUCUGGAUUGCCUCGUGAGAAUCUACAACAAGGAGGGAAUCCGAGGCAUCAACCGAGGCAUGGUGACCACCCUGCUGCGUGAGGCGCCUGGUUUUGGUGUGUACUUUCUGGCUUAUGACAUGUGGACCCGUUACCUUGGCUGUGAGCCCGAGGAUCCUUACAUGAUCCCGAAGCUGCUGUUUGCUGGGGGGAUGUCCGGCAUCGCGUCCUGGAUCUCCACCUACCCCGUGGAUGUGAUCAAGUCGCGCCUUCAGGCGGACGGCGUGGGCGGCGUCCACCAGUACAGCGGCAUCAAGGACUGUGUCAGACAGAGCUUAAAGAAAGAGGGGUGGCGGGUGUUCACGCGCGGACUCACGUCCACCUUGCUCCGCGCAUUCCCAGUCAAUGCCACCACGUUUGCCACCGUGACUCUGUUUUUAAUGUACAUGCGUGAGGGAGAAGAGUGUAGCAUCCAGGACCCCGAGGCACAGUCAGUCCAGCUGCAGCCUCUGCAGCCACAGACGCAGCCAACCAGCAUGUGAGCCAUUAGUGCUGCAGAGAGCGUUACUACAGCCAUCAGCAAGUUGCAGCUUCAUACAGGUCUCUGAUCUGUUAGCUGUUGUCAAUUAUGAGUAACCGAUCCGAUGUGAGCCAGCUCGGCUUCAGCCACGUGACCCCGAUGGUUUAUUUAAAUUAAAGGCUACACUUGUAAAUAUAGUACGGUUAAUAACCCUUGGCUUUUAGGAGUUUUAGGUCAUUUAAGAAACUGUUACGAUGGUCACUGAUCUGCGGUGACACUUUGUCUCUAAUGCUGCAUUCAGGUCAGAAUGGAGGACUUACUGUUCUCCAAUAUGCGAUAUGCCUAAACUUGUAUUCACUGACAGUUAUUGAUUACCAAAAGUAGUUCCACAAAGUUUAGCAUGAUUGUGAAGACAAAUUUACAUGGUUUGGCGUUAAAUUUAGCAAACAAUGAAAAUGGGUCCGACUGCUUUUUUAAAGUUUUAAUUGGUGGAAAUAUUGCAGGCUCCUUUUUGGCCCUUUGCAGUAUGAGAUGCAUGUGUGAUAACAUCAUUUAAAAUAUGUCAAUCAUUGUCCAAAUACCUAAUGCAAUUUUUAAUCUUUUUGUUGUGGACAUCCUACAGUGUCCGAAGAAAGCACCUUAUGGUUCGAUUACAUGUGUGGUUGGAAACCACUUUUGGCCAUUUGAUUUUUUUUUUUUUUUUUUUUUUUUUCUCGCGCUCUUUUGUAUUUCCACGUGGUACAAGAUUCUGUGUCGAGCAACGAUUGCUGGUUAAAAGUGGGUUUUUUAAAGAUUCAAAAUGUUUUUUAAUCCUUGUGCCUUCUUUUAAUUGCACAUGUCAGGCUCCACAUGCUCCUCAAGAGGGAGGUUUGGCAUCGUCAGAUGAGUUCUGCGCCACCUAGAGGCCAAGGAAGGAAUAGGUCACUCAUUGCAGAUUGUAACUACCGUUUUGCAGGUUUGAGAAAGCACAUUGUUAUUAUUACUGCUGUAUUGUAUGCACCUGUGAUGACAUUUUCAGAUAUCUGACGGCCAGGCCACACACGGUUAACGAGAAAAAGUCCCCUGUUCAGUGCCCACUACUAAAGACUGAUAUUUGUAGCGUUUGCCUUUGAUGUUGAAAUGUCCAUCGCGGUCCAUAAUCUUUGGAAAAUCCAAAUACAGUUGGGACACCUGCGCUUCCCUCUCAAUAUUAAUCAUGGUAGUCUUUAUAGGACAGGGAGACAGUGAUGUUGAGGGAUUUGACCGCUGUCCUUUGAGCGGUUAACGGCUGCCUGAGUUCACCAAUGCCUUUUUAAACCAAGGAAAUGUAACAACAAUGAAACUGGAUGCACAAAAAAGGCCUCUGAAAGCUUCAGGUGACACAAAUAUCCAAAUGUCUGGCGCGAAUACUUUCCACAUUUUCAUGUCUAAUACUGUUUUGUGGAAGACGUUUGACUGAUCUGAAAGUGCUUUGGGGUUGUCCAAUGACAUGUUGUACAUACUGUGAAUUUGGUGGGUUUAGUUUUCAUUUUUAUAGUCUAAAGAUGUGAAAUCUUAAUAGGUUUUUGAUUUUCGUUGAUUAAUCUUUUAGUUCUUUUGUCUGACUGUAGUGCAGGAUUAUGGAUGAUCGUCGACGGUCUGUUGCCUUCAUGUUAAUAUCGUGCACCUAAACCGGCGUGCACGCUAUGUAGUACUUUGAAAGUGGUGAAAUAAAAAUCAUUGUUUUAUGAAACACUAAGUUUUA